CCGCACAUUCAUUUCGAACGGUUUCGUGUUCCGGUGCAGACGUACCUUUUCCGUGCAGCGCUCCGCUCGUGACCGUGUGCCGUGCGUGCUACGUUCUGUGGUGUGUCCAUGUAUACCCGCGUUGCGUUGUCGUAAAGAAAAAGGGAGGCAAGUAAAAGUGUUCUCGAUCGAAAGCGCAUUGUGGUGUGUGUGUUGUACGUAGAUUCCGUGUGGUGAACGGGGUGAAAAAAGUGAAAGUGUUCGACUUUAAGGGUCGGGAAGUCCGGGUCCUUUCAGAAAAUCCUGGUGUCCAGUGGUCUCGCCGUCCAUACUUGCUAGUGCCUUUCCUAGUUUUCCGGUUCCGGCCAAAACCCAGCUUUCCCAGCCGAAAAGACACUGCACGCGACUCGGUUUUUGGCGCGUCGUUCUGGGCUUUGCGGAGGAAGCCCCCAACCGGGAUAUCUGUGUCCCCGUCACUUUUCCACGUGGCCACCGUAGAAACAAAGCAGUGUAUAUGUGUGACCAGCCGGGAAAGCGAAAGAAAAAGGAAAAAUUCCAGUACAACAAAUCGAACAUGACCGCCACAAGUGUGGUGGUCCUCGAUCGGGGCAACAAUACGACCUGCACCGUUAAUCUGCACGGUGCAACCGUAGUGUCCUGGCGAGUAAAUAAUCAAGAACAGCUGUUUGUUAGCAAACUAGCCGUUUUUGAUGGGAAGAAGGCAAUCCGGGGUGGCAUACCGUUCGUUUUUCCUCAAUUCGGCCCAUGGAACUUUGGUCCGCAGCAUGGGUUUGGGCGCGUAGUACGGUGGACACUCGAGCGUGCCCCGGAACGGUUGCCGAGUGGAGACGUGGAAGCAGUCUUUAGCCUCAUGGACAACGAAAUCACCCGCUCGAUGUGGAACUAUCCAUUCCGUAUCACGUACCGAUUGAUUCUACGCGAGAAAGAGCUACACUUUCACGUUGGCGUGUACAAUCCGAGCAAAGACAUGACGUUCUCGUUUAAUCUGCUGCUGCACACCUACCUGAAGGUGCCAGACGUCCGUCGGUGUCAGAUCACGGGUCUUCACGGGUGCACAUUCGUCGAUAAGACACGGGACGGAGCGAUCUAUCAGGAGGGUCGGGACGCGGUGACAAUCAACGAAUGGACGGAUCGGAUCUACCAGCACACGCCCCAGGAACACGUGAUCACGAACGUAGUGUCUGGGCGUAAGAUGCGGCUGCAGAAGUACAACUUGCCCGACACGGUCGUGUGGAACCCGUGGAUGGAGAAGGCCCGCGAGUGUCAAGACUUUGGCGAUGACGAGUACCCGAACAUGAUCUGCGUCGAGGCGGGCCACGUUUCGACACCGGUCAUUCUUCUGCCCGGCACCGCGUUUGAGGCAUCACAAAUACUUCAGGUUAUGUGAGUAGAAACCCCGGGAGGUACUGUGACCCGCAGUAAAGGUUCCUCCCGAGCAAAAUCCAAAAAGAAUCAGCAACAGCAACAACAGCAGCAACAGCAGCAGCAGCAGCAGCAACAGCAACAACAGCAGCCACAGCAACAGCCGUCUCAACAAAACCAACAACAAACUACUAGCCAACAGCAGCAGCAGCAGCAGCAACAGCAGCAGCAGCAACAACAGCAGCAACAGCAGCAACAACAGCAGCUUCAACAACAGCAACAGCAGCUGGCCACGAACGCUGCCGCGCUGUGGCAGGUGCCAGCGGCUGCGGCGGCUGCUGCCGCCUGCUGGAACAACUAUGCCAACUUCCAGACGGCUGGAGUGUUGGCGUUCAAAAUGCCACCGUCCUGUGGCGGACUGUGCGGUCCGCAAACGAACUGCGAGCUGUGUUCGCUCAACUCCAACUAGAAUCCGUACCAUCGCUGUGCGUGCUGCAAAUGCGCUUAGGGUUGUGCUUCUUUUUGCGUGCAAAUUGCAUCCAAUUUGCCGAUUAGGCCAAUGGCUGUGGAUCGUUGAUCCUGGUCGCCAGUUGCUCUGAGCCGAGUCCCUCUCGCCAGAUGCCAACAGUCGAUCGGGAACGAAUCACCAACCAAAGUGGUCUGGGAUUUUGCUCAAGAAAGUGUCAAUGAAAGGGUUUUUUUUAUACUUUUCUUAAUCUUAUUUUAUUAGUUAACUUUAAUUUUGCAUACCAAUAAUAAUCGUAUUUGUUAAUAAGGAUGUUAGCGUUUCGGAUGGAGGAGAGAUGGGCUCGUGCCAAUCUCGGUCUGCACUUGAAUCGAAUGAACUGGACAGUGUGUGGUAGGUGUGUUUCGUCCUUUUUGUUUAACUUUUAACCAAUAAUCUAUGAAAAGAGUAAUCAAAAACUAGCGAUAAAUACGAAUGAUCGUAGUUAGAGCCGGGCAGCAGGAAGAACGAUUUGAAUUAUGGGCGAAAAAAAACUACUAGUGUUAAUAGGAAUUGAACAGUAAAGCCAAGUCCUUGGUCGACGAAUGUUUUAACGGCGAAUGGCCCGUUACACUCGACGAGGUGUACAGAGAGACAGUAGUUAAGAAGUACAGCUGCAUCGAUGUAAUUAGGAAGUUAAAAUUGAAAUCAAAUGACAAACUGUGCGAACAAACGAGAACGCAAAGGUCAAAAACAAAAAGUUCUGUAAACUAAAUGAAAAACGGGAGAUUCGACGGAGAUAGCGGAAUAUUAGUAGUUAGGUUUAACAAUUUUCCUGUUUAGUUUCAACCAUUUUACGAUCAUGCGAGCGUUUCCGUUGAAUUUAGUAACUGUGUUUCCUAAAUUUCCGCACAAAUGAUUGUUCUUCUCUUACUAAUGCGCCUUGAUUGAAACCACGUGUUACCGAUCGAUGUCCUGAGGUGUUGGGACACUUAUUUUCCCGCAUGUUGUUCUUAAAACGGUCGUAAGUAAGUGUAAAAUAGAGUUGGCUGGCGCACAAGGUUAAACAAAAAUCGCCAAGCGAAAGCCGAGAUGGUUCAGUAGUUGUACCAUCGACCAGUCGUCAAUUUUGUACGUGAGGAAAUAAAAUGCGCAACAACACAAAGUGUGGAAAAAAGCAAGAAAAUGUGGUGUUAUAAAGUGUUAAUUUGGUGUGAAAACUAUGUAAUAUUGGUUUACGUUUGACCUUUUUUUUCUAGUGUCUGACACGAAAGCACACAACGAAAGCCACACAGAGCUGGUGUCAAUAAGAAAAUUUUAAAAAUGUUGUUCAAUUACAUCUUUUUUGGUUGCAAAUUUCUCUCAGCUUGCCAUGUUUCGAUUUCAGAGUUUUGCGAACAACAGAGAACAGCGUAUAGGAAUGGUAGCCGAACUUACCAUAAAAUCCAAGUUAUGUAUACGAAUGGCCCUCUAUUUGUACAUAAAGAUGGGUGUUUUUUAAAGGCUAACCCACUCAUUUGAAGAAGGCGUCUGUCCAUCAAAAGAAAGAUCGUCUAUCAAACGUUGUUGUCGAUCUGUGUCACAAAAGCUAUCGCAAUCGUUCUUCACACUUUCGGUAUGGUUUUUCCUUUCUGUUUUAGUAACAAGCUCAUGUUAAAUAUGAAUGUUUAAGUUGGUAUUUUUCGUUUUGCUACUAAAAAUGCAUGUCGCCACGUGGCGCUAAUGUUCAAUUAUGUGUUAAAUAAAAUUAAGAUGGGGAGAUAU